UAUUAUAAUGUAAUUUGUCAUUAUAUACACAGCUACGUUAUUUUAAAGACAAUUUAACAUAAGUCUUGUUAUUAUAGAUAAUUACUUUGCUGAUUUUACAAACACAACUACCCAACAGUACAUAUUAGUACAAAUGAGCUCCAACUUGACCAACUAAAGCAGUUCAUUCUACUUCCACAUCAUUGUUUUAGUAACUACAAUCAAAUAAUUCAUAUUAAAAUCACAGUGGUUGUUUUUCUACAUAAAAAAUACAUAACAUUUCAUACUUAAACUACAUUUCGCUGAUAAUACUUCUGUUCUUUUACUUACCUCAGAUUUUGAAUGCAGGAUGUUUUUUUUUAACUUGUAGUUGAGUAUUCUUAUAGUGCUAAUUGUCCUUACAUAAGAUAUCUAAACUUAUUCUGAUCAGUUCUAAUCAAGUGAAAAUAUAACACAUGGUGGUACGAGGUGUUUGUGAAUUUACGCCAAACAGACGCUAGAUGGCAGCAGCGCGCCGUGUGACGCCAAUAUGAAAGGCCGAAGAAGAGCAACAUAGCAGGAGCAGGCUAACGUGGCUUCAAUAUCACAAGUGUCAGUUUUUUUACUGAUUUAUAUAUUUAAUAUAAAGGUUCUCCAGGCCUUCAAACGCUCACUAUUUAGUUGUUAAAUGGAUGCUAACAGAAGAUGAAGCUCCAGCAGGACAACAGUUAUCACUUGUUGUUGGUCUCUUGUUUUGAGUAACUUGCAGUCGUGAUGGCAUCAGAGGAAGAAAUCAAUCUGCUGGUCAUCGUCGUGGAUGUGAAUCCGAUAUGGUGGGGGCAGCAGGCUCAGCGUGCCACGGAGCUCACCUUGUCCAAGUGUCUGGACGCAGUCAUGGUGUUGGGCAACUCCCACAUGGCCAUGGCCAGGACGAACAAGCUGUCGGUCAUCGCCAGCCACUUUGAAGACAGUCACUUCCUGUAUCCCGGCAAGAGCUGGAGAAUGGGGGACAGCUGUGGGGAGGAUGCAUCCUCCAGUGGGGAUGGGAAAUAUGAACUCCUAGCAGUCGCCAACAACCUUAUUGCUGAAGAGAUCAGGAAGGUUAUGUCAAAAACUGAAGUUCGGGGAAAUUCAACUGAUACCUUGUUGGCUGGAACCCUUGCCAAAGCUCUCUGCUAUAUUAACAGGGUCUCAAAAGAAUUUGAAGUUGGACAGGAGAUAAAAUCAAGAAUAUUGGUUAUAAAAGCUGCCGAGGACUGUACCCACCAGUACAUGAACUUCAUGAAUGUCAUUUUUGCUGCCCAAAAGCAGAACAUCCUGAUUGAUGCCUGCGUGUUGGACUCAGACUCGGGUCUCCUUCAGCAGGCUUGCGAUAUAACUGGAGGAUUGUACCUCAAGAUUCCACAGAAAGUUGCCCUGGCACAGUACCUGUUGUGGGUGUUCCUGCCUGACUCUGAGCAGCGCUCCCAGCUGGUGCUGCCACCGCCUGCACACGUGGACUACAGAGCGGCAUGUUUCUGCCACCGUAACCUCAUUGAGAUUGGUUACGUGUGCUCAGUUUGUCUGUCGAUAUUCUGCAACUUCAGCCCCAUCUGCACAACAUGCGAGACCGCCUUCAAAAUCCAACUACCGCAGAUGGUCAAGCCCAAAAAGAAGAAACUCAAGCAACCUACAUGAUUGUUCUUAUUACACUAGUAUAGUGGAUUUAGUUAGUUUAUUUUCUAUUGAUGAGCAGAUUAGAUUAUACCAGUUUGUUUAGUAUAUGUUUGUAACAAACUUCAGUGACAUUCUGGAUAUGCCUUUGAGGUAGUUGGAUCAUGUGAACAUGUUGACCUUCUUUACAUAAAGAGGCUGAUUAGUCUGCUCAACUGCUCUCAUUUCAAGAGAUUGAAGUUCAACUAAACCUGUCAAAUAUUUCUUCUUUUUAGAAACAAGCUGUUUUCCACACGUUUGUGUGUGUGUGUCUACAUGCAGAUAUGCAACACAUGCAACAUGCACUCAAACAUUUAGUUGGGUUAGCAUUUUCUCAUGAGUCUUAAUUUUUGUGAUUGUUUUGUUCAAAUUGAUAGAAACAAUUAGCACACACGUUUCUGAUGUUUAGAAAAGAUAAUUCACUCAGCCUAAUGUAAAUGGAGUUAUUGCUUUUUAUGGCAUUUUUGUGUAAUUUUUAUAUAAUUAAAAUAUAACAUGUUCUUAGAAAUGUUUGCCAGACAUCUGUUCUGCCUUUGUCUUUAUAGUGUGGACCUUUCCACAUACUUAGCUGUGCAGAGACGAUCUGUUUUGUCUUUUAAGUGAAUCAAGGUGUUGAGGUGGAAACAUUUUACUUACCGAGUUCAUUAAAUUAUGUUCAGCUUCCAAACAGAAGUUGUGUUAAGCCAAUACGCUUUCAAGUUUACUCAACUAAAUAACAUAUGUAAGUUUAUGCAUAUACAUGAUUAAACUGAUCUUACCAAUA